UGAAUUUUACACUAUUGUAGUACAUCCUUCUCAAAAAUCAGACCUUAACUAGCAUAAAAUCGAAAGUUGUAUUCCUAACAUAUUUGCCACCAAAAAACAACAAAAUGCAGUAUUUCUCAGAACUUACUAGUAGCCCAGACUUCAGUUGAAGCUCAAAAGAUGAGCAAUAUACUCAGGUACAUACACAACAAAUUUCAGAUCUUAACUCAAACAAAUAAACUACUUCUAUUCCUAACAUAUUUUCGGAGGUACACAUCUUUAGACAGCCAUUUCAUAGUGAUGAUGUCAUAUGAUGUAACAGGUGGUGGUCCAAUGGAAGCGCCAAUAGUUGAACUUUCAGUACCUGCACUCAAAUAGAUCAUAUCACCUUUACUUCAGAAGAUAUGCCACAAAAUGUGAAAAAUAAUAAUAUAAAAAAAAAUCUACUCUCUUUGGUUGUUGCACUGUAAGAGAUGCUACAGGCUUGGCUAGGCAGCUAGCUAGCUACGUACGUUACCAGCUUACACAGAAUCUAGACCAAGAACACAUUAGAUCACUAAUCUCGCUGGGGCAAGGAUCCUGUGAUGCCACUGCACUAGCUGUACUACGCUGACCUCAUAAAUUCCUCUGUCUUUUGGAACCCUCAAAUUGCAAACUCAAGCCCACCAGGUUGCUCGUAGCACCAGUCAUAUGCUGGUGGAGACAUGCGAGAAAAUUCACCCAGUGAGAACGACGAGGAAAGACGCACCGACAAAAGACAACAUCUCCUCUUUGGAGUAGGGGGCGAGUCGGACUCUUGUAGCCUGUCCUGUUCAGAGUAGUCUUCAAGUUCCUGUAUACAGAUCCUACUGCUCCAAACACCAGAGGAAGCAGAUUUGCUCUUGCCUUCAUGCAGAAUCACGCACAAACUGCAGUAACCACAAAACAACAAAUUGGUCUUUUCAUCACCACUGAACAGGAGAGCUCACCUUUCACCCUAGAGACACGAUGGCCAGGAGUGAAUGGAACAGGAUUCACUGAGACCUCUCCUGGAUCUGGGCUAUGGUCUCGCACGGAAAUCGCUCGACAAGGAGAAUUCACUUUUAUUAAUCUGCUGGCAGGAAGAGGUGGCCAACAAGACAUAGCCGUGCAAAACAAUGGAGAAAUCGAUGAAGCUGAAAGACAAAAGGGACUGUUUAUAACAGCAGAAAAUGCAAAUGAUGAGCUCACUAUAUAUGUGCUCAAUAAUGAAUUGAUCUCCACUGAUGCGUACACGGCUAUCAACUGUGUUGAGUUUCCAGGUGCGACAGAUUACAAGUACUUCAUCUUUUCAUCUGAUGUAUUCGGUGGAGAACGAUUUGAGAGUCGAUUUAUCUUUACUCCUUGUCAAGAUGACACUACUGUCAGUGUACAAGCCUCUCAAACUCAAAUCCAUCCCUCAUGGGUGCUACCGAGUUCUGGCAGCCCAAGUGCUCGAGUUGAAGCAAUUUAUGGGAGGGCUUUCAAUCGUUUUGACACUGUGAUGAUUAGCAAUCUUGACGAUCUUACCGGCUCUAUCAUCACUUCUGACAAGCCAUUGGCUGUAUUUUCUGGACAUCAAUGUGGAACUCCUACUGAUGAUGGAACUUGCGACUAUCUUGUAGAACAAUUGCCACCUCAUCCAACAUAUGGUGACCUGUUUUUCAUGGCUCCCUUUGCUGUCAGACAAAGCGGUGAACUGUACAGAAUUGGCUCCCUUGGGGCUGGAGCACAAGUAACAAUCAAUUGUGAGUGUUUACCAAGUUCAGCUGAUGGGAAUAAUCGAGUUGGACUGGUUAGCGCUGGAAAUGGUGUUUACACGGCCACAGUGGGUGCAGGACAAUACGCUGAGUGCCAGACACCUCAGAGUGCUCAGACCUAUUGUUGUGUUACGUCUUCUCAACCCGUUACUAUGGCUGCUUACACACUUGGAAACUUGAUUGACAACCUUCAAAACAUACAGGAUCCACCACUUCCUUUUAAUCCAAUUGGAGAUCCAGCCCUCGUUUACAUACCACCAGUUAACUCUUAUUUGAAUAGUUAUAGUCUCAGUACAGCCAAAAAUUUGACUACUCAGUUUCAGGGAUUUAUAAGCUACAUCUUGCCCACUCGCAUCUUUGAUAAUUCCCCACAAGAUCGGCAAAGGUUUCGUGUAAAUGGAGAAACAUACAUUCCCGACCAAUACGAAGCCAUCAACUGUUUAGUAGGUGGUUCAAAUGAGGUGUGUGCUUACGGAGCUACCAGAUUUUUGGGCGUAGGUAAUUUUAACCUUUCUUACGACAACAUUGAAGGUGGAGCAUUCUGGGGAUUUACAUAUGGCUACGCUCGAGAGGUUUCAUUUGCUUAUCCUUUGCCUUUUGAAAUGGAGCCAGUUGGAUUGGCCUGGAUUCGAGCAGUGGAUCUAGUUGUACUGGAAACUGUUGGAACGGUUGAUCUCAUGUUUAGUAUCACCCGUGGUGAUCAGUCAGGGCGUAGUAGAGCAUUUGCUGACACUCAAGACCUCUCAGCCAUAGAAGGUUCUGAUUAUAAUGAUCCUCAGCCACAAAAUAAUGGUGGGCCCACUGAAAAUGGCAACCUGCGAUGGAGAGCUGGUGACACGUUACCUCGUGUUCCAUACGUAGUCACUAUUUUGGAUGAUGACACUCCAGAGCCAGUGGAAGUGGUGGAGGUGAUGGUGCAGUGUGUUGCACGAGAGAACUGCUACCUGCCCAGAACUCGGUACACCAUAACCAUUAUUGAUGAUCAAGGUGCCUGUCUUGACCUACCUCCUUUCUCUGGUGGUUCCAUCUCAUACGACUUUGAGUUUUUCUCAGAGAUUAAUGGUCGACCAUACGGAACAGUUGCCACGUACAUGUGUGAUGCUGGAAGUAUAACGGGAGAACCUACAAGGACUUGUGAAAAUGGAGUGUGGUCAGGAAGUGAACCAAGCUGUGGGGCGGCAAAUCCGGUUGUGAUUAUGUUCAGUAGGGCCACGUUCUCAUUCAGUGAGAGUGAUGGACAAGGCUUCGUGGAGAUAGUGGCAAACAUGGCUCCCACUCAAGACCUUGACUUCAUAGUCACCGGAGGCCCCAGCACUCAAGACUUUGUGGUUGUGUCGGCAGCUGGUCUUCCUGGUCGGUUCACACUCUCUGCCGGGCAGACGUCCGUCCGAGUGCCGUUCAACAUCAAUAACGAUGAGGUUGGUCCGGAGGAUCUGGAGACGUAUUUGGCAUUUCUCUCCCUCACCUCUGAGGCUAUGGCCGCUGGACACUCUUUAGGAGCUCUAACUCAAGCCACCGUGUCAGUCACGGACGAUGACGGUGCCUGUCCUGACCUACCUGAUUUCUCUGGUGGAUCCAUCUCAUACGACUUUGAGUUUUUCUCAGAGAUUAAUGGUCGACCAUACGGAACAGUUGCCACGUACAUGUGUGAUGCUGGAAGUAUAACGGGAGAACCUACAAGAACUUGUGAAAAUGGAGUGUGGUCAGGAAGUGAACCAAGCUGUGGGGCGGCAAAUCCGGUUGUGAUUAUGUUCAGUAGGGCCACGAUCUCAUUCAGUGAGAGUGAUGGACAAGGCUUUGUGGAGAUAGUGGCAAACAUGGCUCCCACUCAAGAUGUUGACUUCAUAGUCACCGGAGGCCCCAGCACUCAAGACUUUGUGGUUGUGUCGGCAGCUGGUCUUCCUGGUCGGUUCACACUCUCUGCCGGGCAGACGUCCGUCCGAGUGCCGUUCAACAUCAAUAACGAUGAGGUUGGUCCGGAGGAUCUGGAGACGUAUUUGGCAUUUCUCUCCCUCACCUCUGAGGCUAUGGCCGCUGGACACUCUUUAGGAGCUCUAACUCAAGCCACCGUGUCAGUCACGGACGAUGACGCUUUGUGUAAUGAUCUUCCACCACUCGCUAAUGGAAUGAUCAUCUACAAUGUGUCUGAAGGACCACAGAGAACAGUUGCUACGUACACCUGUGAUGAAGGGUUCCAGCUCCUAGGAGAUGAGAUAAGGACCUGUGAAGAUGGAGUGUGGGCGGAAGCUAGUCCUCUUCAGUGUGCACAAGAAGCUGCUCCUUCACUACUGAGUGUAGGUGCUGUGAUUGGCAUUGUGAUUGGAUCAUUGGCUCUUCUAUUGGUGGCCAUAAUUUUGCUGAUUGCUCUGAGAUAUCGGAAAUAUAAAUCAAAGGCUUUGGGUAUCAAUGAAAGCAGCCCACCAUCAGAUUUGAGGCCUGAUGUUGCUGAUAAGCUUCCUGACCAUGUCUAUGAUUAUAUAAGUGUAUUUCAAGAGAGGAAUUUAGAAACUUCCACUGGAAACCCUAAACCCUCCACAGCAGGGGGCGGUGCUUCAGAGGUGCAGUUUGAACUAACACCUUGUGAGGCUUAUGGGCCUGGAAACCCUCAACCCUCCACGGUGCAGUUUGAACUAACACCUUGUGAGGCUUAUGGGUCUGGAAAUCCUCAACCCUCUACAGCAGGGAACGGUGCUUCAGAGGUGCAGUUUGAACUAACACCCUGUGAGGCUUAUAUGGGUCUGUAACUGUCCCCAUGUACGAUGAUAGUUACUGAACACAUGUACGAUGAUAGUUACUGAACACAGGAUACUGAACAGAUAGUUGUAUAUUUCUUCUUGAAAAUCUACGGUGUGCCACGCAAGUAAUGUAUAUAGUUUAUAACGUGCUCAGUUUGUAUUCAGUUUACUGGUUAUUGGUUUUCAAAGAGUGA